AUGUCACGAAAACAGCCGAGAGGCGAGUACAUCGAGACGGACACGGGCAACAAGGUCGCCAGGAAGGCCGUCCUCGUGGGCACGCAACACAUCAUGCUAGGAGGCAAGACCGUCAUUCAGGCAGAGGCCAUGAUCCGUGGUGAUCUCUCCCGCACGGCUUCAUCAGCGGCAUCAGGUGCUGCAGCUGGCGCAGCUCCGGCUUCAAACACUGCCGUCGCCAUCGGGCGCUACUGCUUCCUCAGCAAAGGCUGCUGCUUGACACCGCCGGGCCGUACAUACAAGGGUGCUUUCACAUACUUACCCCUACGCUUGGGAGAUCAUGUGUUCGUUGGAGAGGGUGCAGUCGUACAAGCAGCCACCAUCGGAUCCCACGUACAUAUCGGGCAGAACGCGGUUGUCGGAGAGUUUGCAAUCAUCAAAGACUAUGUGCGCAUCUUGCCAGACACCGUGAUACCCGCCAACAUGGUCAUCCCGAGUUUCAGCAUUGUUGCUGGCCAACCAGCCCGAGUUGUCGGCGAAGUCCCAGAGGGUGGCCACGAGGCGUUUGAGCUUAAGGAGCUCUACAAGACGGUCGGCAACAACCCGCAGCCCAUGGCGAUAUAA